UCAAAUCACAAAACCAUAAAAAGUCUCAUAAAGAAGGAAAAAAAAAGUUUCUCAAGGAUUUCAGAGAUUAAAAGAAAUGGAAGGUUUGAUUCCAUUUUUGUACAAAGCCAUUGUUAUGUAUAAAAGAGAAGGAAGUUUUUCGUCGGUUUUGCUAAGCGACCAUCACUCUCCUUCUAACACCGGUUAUUACAUGCGACUUCCCGGCGACUCCUCCGGCAGGUUUCGAACGUCUGAUCGCCGGAGAUUUGGGACGGAUCGUCUUGGAUUACUUGAAACAACGCCGUCCUCUUCGCCGUCUCGUGUGUCCACUAGGAACAUGAUCACCAAACGUACGUAAGGACUGAUGAUCGAUAUACGUAUAAAGAUAAUAUUGUGGUAAUUGUAUAUUAAAUAUUGUUAUAUAAUACGGUCCACCUUAAAUUAUUAUCGUUGCUAG